UAUGUAACCCCGACAGCAGCGAAGAACAAAUUUAGUCUGAGAGUAGACACCGCCUUUAUACUCUCACAAGCUCCGCAGAACAUGCUCACUGUCUGACUCCUUGUUCAGGGUUUAGGGUUUGUGGGCGCAAACACUCAGAGAGACACAUUACACAUACUAUACCAGAGUUGGAAUGGAAAUGCCGUCGAGCCCAGAACCGGCGAUUACAACGGAGGGUUCUAUUGCAGCAUUCAUGGAAAUGAUUCUUUACACUGCUUUGCCCUUGAAGCCGCUUGAUGAUCCUCCGAUUGAAAUGCAGCAGUUAAUUGCCAAACAGACUCACGCUGUGGUGGUGCUAUACAACUACUACCAGAGGAAAAGACAUCCAGACCUCAGGUUUCUUGAUUUUGAGUCAUUUUGCAAGCUAGCAGCGACUCUGCAACCUGAAUUGGUCCCAUAUAUGAAAAACAUGCAUCAGUCUGAUUACAAGUCCUCAGAUGUCCCUGAGGAUCAACUUUCAUUAACCGAGAAGGCCAUAAAGGAUGCAUGUAACACAUGUUUGGCUCUGGAUGAUGUUCCUGAAGAUAUGCCGAUCAAGGAGGAUUGGCCGAUUUCCAAAAUCGUGGUUAUGUUAGUUGAUCCCACUAAAGAAAAUUGUCUCUAUAUCUUUGGUUCUGUAACUAGAGGGGUCUGGUCGUUUCUGGAGCAAACUAUUGACAAUCAUAAGCUCAGUUCAGAUGGUGCAGUUGCGAGAAAGAAAAGAAGAAGAAUUAAUAAAAAAGAUCUGGUGGAGGAGCAAUAUACUACUGAAGCUGGAUAUGAGCAACUUGCGGUUCCUGCUAUAAUGAAUUUUACAGGUUUGAAGAAGACUGAUCUUGUGCUCUUGGAGAGCCAUGUUGUGUACUCUGUAAGCAAAGAAAAGACUGCUGCAAACUUUUUUAUCGUGAAGUGUGCAGUGAAAUUCCAAGAAAAACUCAACAUAACGUAUUGGGUUCCUAUGAAAGAAGUUGUUGAAAGCUUGCAAGGUCCAUUGGCUAAUUGGCUUAUAGGAAGUUGGACACCGACUUCUGUGACUCAGAGUUAUCAUUUGCUUCCUUACUCAGAGAUAUUGUCAAACUAUUUUUCCAGACUCAAGCACUCGUCACAUGAAGGAGAACAUCAAAGGACAAUUGGUGACAAAUCCCAAUCAUCUCAAGAACUUCGCCCUGAAACAGAUAAUAUCUGCACUAUCACCUGCUGCAGCGAUCUAUCUUUUGGUUGUUUAAACAACUUCAAAGUGAUGGUGAGCACCUCUAGUUUCAAUACAAAUGAAGCAAAUGAUGCAACUAUCAUAUCUCCAAAUAUGGAAGAUAAUAUUGAAACUGGCAUGGCUGGACCGACCUGUUCUUUAAGUAGUCUGCACACUGUGGAUAGUGAUGAAACUGAUGCAGUUUCAAUCUGUAAAGAGGACAAAACCAAGAACAAUGUCUCAUCAGGAAAGAUUUAUCAGCAAUACAGAAAGAGAACAUCGACAAGGAGAGAUGUUACUGUUUCAACCUUGAGUGUCAAGGACAAGGAGGCAGCUGACCUUGAGGUUAAGCGGAAUGUACCGGAUUUCAAAGCUGACAAGCUGGAUACAGUGAAGAAUACAGUUACUGGUUUGGAAGUUGACAAUGUGGGUACUCUGAACAAGAGCUUCAACAAUAACUCAGUGAAAACAAACUCCCCAGAAAAGGUUGAGCCUACAUCUUUUGCAAACGAGAAGGAGUUGUAUGUGGCUGAUAAGGAGAAGGAGUUAUCUGUGGCUGCUUUUAGGGUUCUUCUCAGCAAAAGAGAGAGAUUGACUCAUCAAUUGCGGAAUUUAGGAGAUGAGAUUGCUAUAUGUGAUAAAAACAUCCAGACAAAAUCAGAUGGUGGUAAAGAUUCCUUUCCCCAGAAGACAGACACUUCUAUUGAUUUUCGCACUGAAGUAUGUGUACAAAGAGAAGCAUUUCAAGACAGCACUUGUCAGCAUGCAAAAGAUCAAGUUUCCUCUCAACAGGUGAAAGGGAAGAGCAUUAUUGAGGCUAUGAUUCCUGAUCAAAUAUUUUGUCAGGUUCUGGAUCGGAUAUGCCAUGACAACAAAUGGACUUCGCCAACAUAUUCAGUAUCUACAUGUGAUGGUGGCUAUACUGCAAGUGUAACUGUGAAAGGGGAGGAUUUCGAGUUGUCAGUAAAUGUCAAUGAUACUGUGCAUCCAAGUCCGGGUGCAGCAAAAGACUCGGCUGCUGUUCAAAUGAUCGAUAAACUACGUCGUUUUGUGGGCCCGAACAAGUAGUUAUAUAGAAUUAUCAUGUGUGAUAUCAGCAGCAUCUAACUGUUAAGUCCAAACAUGGAUUGUGAUAUCCAUUGUAAUAUCCCCUUCCAAUACUUUGUUGCCUGUAACUUGUAAGUAUUUAUUAACAAUCACAAUCUGUUUUUACAUGAAUGAAAAAAAAAAAGGGAAAAGGAAUAUUCUCUCUA